AUGGCUGACGCGUCCUCGUCUGCACCGGACGUCACCAUCACCGUCAAGGGCCCCUCGGAGCUCAAACUGAGCAUCACAAUCGCGCCCUCCAAGACAGUCGCCGACCUCAAGGAGGCCAUUUCUGCCAAGAGCGAUGUUGAGAAGGACCGCCAGCGCUUGAUCUACUCUGGCAAGGUCCUCAAGGACCCAGACACGAUCGCGUCGUAUAAGAUCCAGAGCGGCCACACGAUCCACAUGGUCAAGGGCACGGCCAAGCCCGCCACCGAGAGCAGCACCGCCCAGACCGCCCGCCUCCCCACCAACAUGGGCACUGGACUGGCCGCUGGCAACGUCGUUGAUGGCGUCGAGAACUACCACCACGGUCUCGCGGGCUUCAACCCGUUCCAGGGCAUGGGUCUCGGUAACCUCAACGACCCCAAUGCCAUGACCGGCCUCAUGGACAACCCCGACUUCCUGCGCCAAAUGAGCGACCUGCUCUCGCGCCCAGAGGUCGUUGACCAGAUGAUCGCGUCCAACCCUCAGCUCGCCGCGAUGGGCCCGCAGGUCCGCCAGAUGAUGCAGAGCCCCAUGUUCCGGCAGAUGAUCAGCAAUCCUGAGACGCUGCGCGCGAUGAUGCAGAUGCAAGCGGCGAUGCAGGGCAGCGGUGGUGGUCCCGGCGCCGGUGGCAUGGGUGGCAUGGGUGGCAUGGGUGGCUUCCCCGGCAUGUUCGGAGGUGGCGGCGCUGGUGCUGCAGGUGGCACUGGUCCCGGCACACAGAACGCUCCCACCGACCCCUUCCCCAACCUCUUCGCCCCUCAGGGUGGUGCCAACCGCGCCGGCUCUCCUCCGGCUGGUGGGGCUGGUGCAGGUACGGGCCCCGGCGCUGGCACGGGUGCAGGCGCAGGCGCUGCAAACCCUUUCGCAGCUCUGUUUGGUGGUGGUGGUGCCGGCGGUGCAGGCGGUGGCUUCAAUCCCUUCGCGAUGGACCCCGCGAUGUUCGGCGGUAACCCGUUCGGCGCGCCGACCCCGCCCGCUGACACGCGGCCUCCCGAGGAGAUCUACGCGACGCAGCUCGGCCAGCUGAGCGCGAUGGGCCUGUGGGAUUCGGAAAAGAACAUCCGUGCCCUUCGCCGGACGGGUGGCAAUGUCGAGGCGGCCCUUGAGCUCAUCUUCUCGGGGCAGAUGGACAACGCCCCCUAA